UUGGCCGAUUUUGAUGAAGGUAUUUAACGUGCCCGAUUCUCCCGUUAUGGUGGUGGCCAUAUUCUGUGGCGAAUCCAAACCACACUCCCUGGAGGAGUAUUUAAGGCGGUUUGUGGAGGAGAUGAACGAUCUGCAGACAAAUCAUUUGGCAAUUGGGCAGCAAUUAUAUUGGGUCUGUUUGCGAGCCAUCAUUGCCGAUGCACCAGCAAAAUCGUUUAUAAAAGGUGUGAAAGACCAUACUUCAUACAGCGCUUGUCACAAAUGCACGGUGGAAGGGCAAAUGUGUGGGCACCGGAUGUAUUUCCCAUACAUGUGAAUUGAAAAAAUGGGUUCGACAACCCUGAUGGUAUAAUGAACUAUAAAAGCGAGAGAAUUCGGGAGCAAGGGGCAGUCGAUGUUCAACCUUUGUAGAAAACACGUCAAUAAAGAGAAGUUUACAUUUGGUGUCAGAAUUGGGAUGAGCACGGAUAAGCACGGAUG